GAGCAGACCAGAUAAAAAGUGACGGCCCCAGGAGCAAGAGCGCUGUCCAGUAAUCUCUGCAGCUUAAAACAGCUUGCAAAGUGAUGCAGGCACGCUGUGCACCGGAGUUGCAAAACUGAAGUCUGAUAAACAUUCUUUUUCAAAGUCAACAAGUUAUUUGAACGAAAGAAUAAGGACAGCAUCGUUGGAUGGAGCACUUUUUUGAAAUGGUUCGCAACCUGAUUAGAUGGAGAAGGUUGGAAUGAAAGAUUGUCAUCACCUCAUUCAAUGUCGUAACGAACCCUGCCAUUGGGAGCUGCACUUACAACACCAAAAAUGCUGAGGCACUCCAACAGAGUUAUCUAUUUCAGUCUGCUUGGAGUUCUUGCUGUUGUGUACUCACAGUGUGUCCAUUUGUUGGAGUUAAAUAGUGAACUACAGUAUGGUCUGCGGGUCAGAUAUUUGAAGGAUUACUUUCCAGUUAACUAUGCUGUGAAAGUUCACUAUGAAGAUAUUUAUAGAACAAUAAAUGUUACACGCAUGCAAAAAAGAAGUUUCACUGAAAAGGACCUGAAAUUGUUAUGGGUUUAUAUCAAUUCUCAAGUCCUAGAGACAGUCCUUGAAGCCCUCCCAAAAAGGCACCCAUCCAGAGCUUACGUGGAGGGCAUCUCCACUUUGUUUACUUAUUUGAGGAUGGAUAUGGAAGAAAUGAUUGAUGAUAUUGAAGAUGAGCGAGUGGAGGAAAUACUAUACCGUAUAAGUGACAUGGAUGAGCAAAGUAAGAACAAGUCCAUUAGGCCCAAGGCUUUAUUUGAUAACUGUUAUCGGGUCAUGAAGCAACUCUUCCACUGUAACUGGAGAACUUGAUCACCGGUGUACUCAUGGUGAAUGGUUUCAUCAUCAUCGCCUGUCGCUAACAACAAUACCCACUUCUCCACGUGCAUGCACCUCCCUCCUUGUGACUGGAAGCAUCUGGAACAGUAUCACCCAUUCUCAUCCAGCUCCUCUGCGUUGAGAUGUAGAAUGCACUUGCCACUGGCUGGAGGAUUAGAAUGGACCUCAUUGAAGCAUACCUGCAGACAAAGGCCACCGGCUUGCUAUUUAUUCACUUCUCUCUGACAUGACUGUGCGUGUUGUAAUUGACUUCAGUGAAGCCUUUUCUCCUGUUUUGCCCCCACCCCAUUCUGUUUACUCCCAUUCCUGCACCCAUUUACUGGCUUUCCAUUUGACUGAGAGUUCAAUCUGGGUAGUGUCCAUGCUAAUGUCUUUCCAUAACCCAGGAACAUUGAGCUGGAAAUCUUCAACUCUCAACUCUGCACCAUAACCAUCCCCCUGGGCGCACCCCCCCCCCCCCCCCCCCCCCCCACACCAUACCCAAACCCAACCAAAUAUCCAUUAUUAACUAGAACAAAAAAAAAUCUGGCUGCAUAUUGUGGCUGAAAUCUUUACAGUGCACAAUGCAAGGAAGAAAGCAAUGAGGAUGUGAAAUGCAUCUGUCUCCAAGAGGGGAUAAUGUUGAAAAUUUGGAUCAGACAAGUGCAAGACAACCAUAUAUGUGCUAGAAGCAGCUCUUAUUUAAAAAGGACCCUCCUGCCCAAUCAUUUAUUGGGAGAGAAGCUACAACAUGGAGGAAACAGUCAAUCACUUGAAGUAACUAUCUCUAAGGAAUAGGUACAAAAACAAAUCAGACAAUGCAUUGAAGUUAUUUUUAUUAUUCAUUCUUCAGCACUGAUCUCUAUUAUGCCUCCACCCCUCCCAACUGCCUCCAACAAGUUUAAACACAUAACCAGGAAAUUCCAUGGAAAUAGUUUAAUCUUAUGGUGAUAAGGAUAUCAAAUUUGUAUCACUCCUCUCUCAUUACCACUUCUACCAUAAAGGUUUUGCCUUGGGCAUCAGAGACCAGGAAAUAAUGUGUGCAUGUUUAACUGACGUAAAAAGAUUUCAUUAAUUAUUCUUCUUCCUACUUGUAUAGGGUGAUCAGGCAAAACACUCAAUAAUAAAUGUUUGAAUACUUUU